GUGGUGUCUCCGGUGCAGGAUGGAUCUUAAAUAACAGUCUCAAACAAGGUUUCGAAUUUAGGUUGGCAAGCUUACUAGGCACCAGAAUAUUUCAUAUUUUAAUAAUGUCGGGUGCUCGACAGCCUCCGCUAGUGACUGGGAUUUCACCUAAAGAAGGGACAUCCUGGACGAAAGUCACUAUCAGAGGAGAAAACCUGGGGACUGGACCAUCUGACCUCAUAGGUUUAACGAUCUGUGGACACAACUGCCUCCUAACAGCAGAAUGGAUAUCUGCAAGCAAAAUAGUGUGCCGCGUUGGCCAAGACAAAAAUGACAAAGGAGAUAUCAUUGUCACUACAAAAUCAGGAGGGAAAGGAACCUCAACAGUUUUCUUUAAGCUCCUUAAACCAGAAAAAAUAGAUAUCUUGGAUCAAUCUGCUGUAUGGGUGGAUGAACUGAAUUAUUAUGACAUGCGUACGGCCAGAAAUAAAGGGAUAUCCCCUUUUACUCAAAGACCAGCCAAUCCUCUAGGUAUCGAUAUUGACAGAGGUAAAGUUCCACAUACAGAAUUUGAUUCUUUGUAUCCUGGGAUGAGUGGAGAUUUCAACAGAGAAAAAUUCUCUGCAACAAUGUACCUGAUUGAAAAUCAUUCCAGUGCUAGCUUUGAGCAGCUCAAAAUAGCAGCUACCAAUUUGCGUAAGCAGGCAAGCAAGAAAAAUGAGGGAAAUGUUGCUUACGUGAAGGGAGGCCUAAGUACAUUCUUUGAGGCUCAGGAUGCACUGGCAGCAAUCCAUCAAAAAUUGGAGGUGGAUGGAACGGAAAAAGUGGAAGGGUCGAUGACGCAAAAAUUGGAGAAGGUUCUGAAAAGCGCAAGUACUACUGCUGACACCCUAUUCCAGGAAGUUCUGGGUAGGAAAGAUAAAGCAGACUCUACUCGGAAUGCCCUGAAUGUCCUGCAGCGCUUUAAAUUCCUCUUCAACCUUUCGCUCAACAUUGAAAAGAACAUUCAAAAGGGUGAUUAUGAUGUGGUCAUUAAUGACUAUGAAAAAGCAAAGUCAUUGUUUGGGAAGACUGAAGUCCAAGUGUUCAAGAAAGUUUAUGCUGAAGUUGAAACCCGAAUUGAAGCUUUAAGGAAAUUACUUUUGGCCAAGUUACUGGAAACACCAUCUGCUCUGCUUGACCAAAAACGUUACAUCAGAUACCUUUCCGAUCUCCAUGCUCCUGAUGACCCAGCUUGGCAAUGUAUUGGAGCCCAGCACAAAUGGAUUGUUCAGCUGAUGCACAGUUGUAAGGAUGGCUACAUUAAAGAACUUAAAGGUAAUCCAAUGCUUCAGAGCCCAUUACUAGACAUGGACAGUGAUGGACGCCCGUCUCCUAUUGGCAGACUCAGUCAGACCGCAUCCCUUCAAAGAGGCAGCAGCUUCCAAUCUGGGAGAAACGACUCAUGGAGAUACAAAACUCCUCAUCAAGUGGCAUUUGUAGAAAAACUGACAAAAGUGGUUGUAGGUCAACUUCCUAAUUUCUGGAAGCUUUGGAUUUCGUAUGUGAAUGGAAGCAUUUUUAGUGAGACAGCAGAAAAAUCUGGCCAAAUGGAAAAAUCAAAGAAGAAUGCAAGACAGCGACAGAAUGACUUCAAGAAAAUGAUACAAGAAGUGAUGCAUUCACUAGUCAAGCUCAUCCGUGGAGCGCUACUUCCAUUCAGCCUUGGAGAAGAAGAAUUGAGACAUUAUGGAGGCUGGGAGCUAAAGACUGACAUGUCAGGUUCUUGGUUGACGCAGAUAAUCCAGACGGUUCGGCUUUGUUAUGAGUCGUUGACAGCUCUUGAGAUACCUAAUGAUAUGCUGCAAACCAUACAAGACCUAAUUUUGGAUUUACGAGUGAAUUGUGUUAUAGUCACUUUAAAACAGACUACAGAAGAAGUAAAACGAUUAGCAGACAAGGAAGAUUGGAUUGUUGAUAAUGAAGGGUUAACUGCUUUGCCAUCUCUGUUUGAGCACUGUGUUGUUCAGUCUCUGCAAUCCCUGAAAACAGUCCUGGAAUGCAAGCCUGGAGAAGCAAGCGUUUUCCAGCAGCAAAAAGUACAGGAUGAUGUUUGCCACUCGUGCAUUCAAAUGAUUAAGGUCUUUAUAACCAGCCUGGAGAAUCUGAGCACAAAGCCUGAGGGAAAUAUAGAUACCUUGCAUACUUCAGUAGAUGUUUCAUCUCCUGAAUUGUUUGGAAGCAUCCAUGAAGAUCUUACCAUAUCACCUGAAAAAAGGCUGCUAACUGUACUCAGUAAUUGUCGAUAUCUGGAACGCCAUACUCUGAUAAACAUUGCUGAUUAUUUUGAGAAGCAUGGCUUUCAAGGAUUAGAGAAAAUAACCCAGGCCAGCACUGAUUCUUUGAAGGAGUUGGAUGAAAGCCUUUUUGAAACAUUUAUUGAGAUAAAAGCAGACCCCAUAGUUGGUUCCCUGGAGCCAGGAAUUUACGCUGGUUAUUUUGAUUUCAAAGACUGUCAGACACCUACAGGUGUCAGAAACUAUUUGAAGGAGGCGCUAGUGAAUAUUAUUGCUGUGCAUGCAGAGGUAUUUGCAAUUUCCAAAGAACUGGUCCCCAGAGUAAUGUCAAACAUUGUGGAAGCAGUGGGUGAAGAACUUAGUCGGCUAAUGCAAUGCGUUCCUGCUUUCAGCGCAAACGGGGCUUUACAGGCACGACUUGAAAUUUGUUCUCUUAGAGACGCUAUUGCAAUUUAUCUGACAGAUGACAGCAAGGCCAGCUUCAGACAAGCACUAGAGCCUCUGCCUCAACUAUCAAGUGGGGCAGAUAAAAAGUUACUGGAAGAGUUACUAAACGAAUUUAAAAGCAGCAUGCAUCUCCAGCUGACCUGUUUCCAGCCUUCUUCCGUUGUUAGUAUGAAGACUUGAGGAACUAGGAAAGUGAUCCAAAACCACAACAACUUUUACAUCCCUCCUGUUCAAGUUCAGCAUACGAGCUCAGCUUUUACACUUGUAUUGAAAAUGUGUGUAAAUGCAUCUUUUCUACAGCUGCCACUAUAAUAAAAAUAAAAUCUUACCUUAAUUUACUAACCUAUUUUACAGUUAAUAAUUAACAUGCAUUAUACAAAUAAAAUAUAGCAUGCCCUGUUUUAUAAAGUAAUGAGACUCUCUGAAAUGUAUUUAAAAUGAAAUGAAAGAAAGUGUGGGAAAAAGUUAUUUGAAAUGUAUCAAACUGGCAUUCAUAAGUCCCCAGUGUGUAUUUGUAUGAGGUGUAAAAUAAAAGUAACAGUAACUAAA